AUGAACACAGAGCCGCCAGUAGCUGAUUGGAUAUCGUUUGUGUUAGGUCCCCGACAGUGUACCGGAAUGAGACUAGCGCAUAUGGAGGAGAAGCUCGCUCUCGCUCAUCUGCUGAUAAGAUAUGACAUAGCAACAACUAAUGAUACCAUGCGGAACGAACACGUGGAACGAAUGUUUGCCAAACUCGGCGAAAAAAGUGAAAGCAUCGGUCUUCAGCUGAGUCUGCGAACGCUGUUCGAAGCGGAUGGGUCGAGAAAUGAACAUGAAGAACAACUUGACCUCCGAGCUGUGCAGGGGGAAAAGAGGGAAAAGGGCGGUUCAGGGAGCACAUGGGAUCAUCGGGGAUUUAGCGAAGAGGACCAAGAGUACCAUGAUCAUCUCCCUAACAUCAAAGUAUUUCCUGCCUUGACCUAUGUCUCAGAAACCUGA